GCGAGACCUGAGCGCCUGCCAUGGAGCCGCAGAAAGAGGCGCGAACACCCGGGGACCCCGUCGCGCGGUCGUCUGGGCCCUCGAGGUCUCAGACUCCUAACGACGAGGAGCGGCAGGAGGGCGACACAGCGCCGGCGGAGGCUUCCCUGGGCGCGGAGGCGGACGGCGCCUGUGCGGACGCGCUGUGGGAGCUGCCGGUGGAGCCCGCCGAGCGGAGGCCCGAGUGCAGCCGCUGCAGCCGGCCUCAGAAAGUAUGUUUGUGUCCAUUUCUACCAUUGCAUCCUCUGCACAUCUCUACUCAUUUGUACAUAAUUCAGCAUCCAGCAGAGGAAAACAAAGUGCUGCGGACAGUUCCCCUAUUAACAGCAUGCCUCCCCCAGGACAAGUGUAAAGUCAAGAUUGGUCGUCGCUUCAGUGAAGAAAGAGAUCCUGAACUUUCAACUGUUUGUCGGAAGUCUGAUACAUUAAUAUUAUAUCCAGGGGCUGAAGCUGCUAAUUUGGAAGAAUUUAUAUUAGAUUCUCCUAUUUAUCCUUCCACAAUCAUCAUCAUUGAUGGUACAUGGAGCCAGGCUAAGGACAUUUUCUAUAAGAAUUCUUUGUUCCGACUCCCCAAACAGGUGCAGUUAAAAACGAGCAUUUCUAGCCAGUAUGUAAUUCGGACGCAACCAACUAAUAGGUGCCUUUCUACACUGGAAUGUGCAGCUGCGGCUCUUUCCAUUUUGGAGAAAAAUAAUUACAUACAAGAGACUUUGCUUCGUCCUCUUCAAGCUUUAUGCUCUUUCCAGCUUCAGCACGGUGCUCAAAUUCGCCUCAGCAAGGAACACCUUCUGAAAAAUGGAUUAUAUCCUAAGCCAAUGCCAAAGAACAAACGCAAACUCAGGAAAAUGGAACUGCUAAUGAACAGUGUUAAAAUUUAGUACACUUGUUUUGUGGUGCUAGUUACGUUGUCUUCCGCUGACAAGACCAGGUUGAGUUUUCAGAAAAUUUAAGUCUGUGGGUUUUUGACUGUUUAAAGAAUGAGAGUUGCAUACUAAACUUGCCCAGAAGAAGGAAGUAAACCAAAUAGCCAUAAAAAAGCAAACAAAAAAACAAAAUUUCACUGACUCCGUUAAAAGCAAGGUUUCAUAGUGUGUUUGUUUUAAAAAAUGUGCCUCUAAUACAUUUUUUUCAGAUCCAUUGUUUGAAAUGUGAUUAAUUGUUGAGUGAGGUUAGAAGUUCUUUUUUUAUAAAAUAGAAAGAAAUUUUUGUACCUGAUUGGGGCAGUAUUGUUUUCAUUAAUGUUUAUAGAUAGUUAGGUGUAGACCUAUAAUUGAGGGCACUUACGUCAAGACGCAAUCUUGAACAUAAACUUUAUAGUUUGUAAUAAGUAACAAAAAUAAUGAUCAUCAAGUAGUUUAGAUUGAGUUAAUUUAUUUCAUAGGAUACAAUAAUAGAAUAAGGAAACUAAAUAUAUUCUUUAGGGACUAAACUUGAACUCAGCUUUAUGAUUUAAGUGUUUUAUUAAUUGCCCGAAUUUUUUGGUAUUAAGGUAUAAUUGGAAUAUAAGAUUAUAUUAGUUUCAGGUGUACACCAUAAUGAUUCAGUCUUUAUAUACAUUGCAAAAUAAUCAUCACAUGAUCAGUCUAGUUAACAUCCCUCACCAUACAUAUUUACAAAAUUUUUUUCUUGUAAUGAGAACUUUUAAGAUAUACUUUCUUAGCAACUUUCCAAUAUGCAGUAUUUGCAAUUUUGCAGAAUUAUGGGCUAUAGUCACUGUAUUUUAUAUUACAUCGCAUGACAUUUAUUUUAUAACUGGUAGUUUGUUCCUUUUGACCCCAUUCACCCAUUUGCGCACCAUUCACCCUCUGCCUCCAGCAACCACCAGUCUAUACUCUGUAUC